AUGCGCGGCGAGUACGACGGCGGCGGCCUCGGCGGCGAUUCGCUGGAGCAGUUCGCGUCCUACGAGGACUACCUCGACGCCCAGGUGUCGGAGACGGACAUGUACUACCUGGAGGACGAGGAGCUCGCGCGCCAGCUCGUCGAGCUCGGCUACCGCGGCUCCGGCGACACGCUCAAGCGCGACGAGUUCGAGGCCCGGAAGCGCGCGCUCCGCGAGCGCGGCACGCAGAAGGCGAACGUGCCCAAGCAGCUCGCGUCGGCGAACAAGGACCUGAGCGCGCAGCCCUUCCUCCUCGCCCUCGCGAACCGCGAGGCCCUCGUGCGCAACGGCAAGCUCACGUCCAUCAUCUUCCUCCGCGACAAGAACGCCAAGGGCCAGGAGGUCAGCGGCUACAUCGACUACGCGCACCGCCUGAAGACGGAGAACUUCGAGCCCUACUUCAAGGGCCAGAAGCGCCUCAUGCCCAAGCCCACGGACCUGUCCUACUACAACUGGGAGACGCAGACGUCGACGCACAACUCGACGCCCAACUUCCAGGUCAUCGCCGACUCCGACGGCCUCCUCUUCAAAAACAAGCGCGACCGCAAGGUCAUCAACGUGGACCCGAAGCAGAACCCGGGCGACAACUCGAGCCGCAACGAGCUCAAGACGCCCGAGUACCUCCAGGUCGUCAUCUUCGACCACCUCACGCGGCGGAAGAACUAG